AUGUGGUUCGGUGUGGGUGCUAUUCUUGGCUGGCCCUUUGCUGGAGCAUUGGUGAUACCUUUUCUGCUUGAAGAAGUCACUGUCUCUUUCUUCACUGGCAACAUGCGAAACGUGGUCGAGGAAGUCCUCAACGGAGCAAUCAGAUGCUUGUUAAUUUUGGCUCUGGAGAUUGCUGUUGACUCCUUGUUCUUCGGCAAACUCGUCGUUGUGCCUUGGAACAUCGUCGCAUAUAAUGUCUUCGGGGGCGAAGGCAGGGGUCCCAACAUCUUCGGUACUGAGCCUUGGACGUUUUACGUUCGCAAUCUACUCCUGAAUUUUAACGUCUGGUUCGUCCUGGCCGUGUCCAUUGCACCGCUGCUCGUGCUGCAGGCGCCCUUCCGGUCUCGUACGGCAACUUCUAGCGCGACACUCCUACGAUCCCUUGCCUUUGUCUCCCCAUUCUACGUUUGGCUCGCGAUCUUCACGGCCCAACCUCACAAAGAAGAGAGAUUCAUGUAUCCCGCGUACCCUUUCCUCGCACUCAACGCAGCCCUUGCGUUUCACCUGAUACUUUCAUAUGUUGGGUCCAGUGAACCGGGACAGUUGAUGGCACGCAUCCCAGCGAAACUCAAACUUGUUGCGGUUGUAUCUUUUGUUCUGCUAUCGAUCAAUGCUGGGCUGCUGCGAAUUUUGGGGAUUGUCACAGCAUACGAUGCUCCUCUUCACGUAUACGGAGCCCUCGAAACGCAGGGCAUAGGGAAAGAGGGAGAUUCUGUGUGCCUGGGGAAGGAAUGGUAUCGCUUCCCAUCUUCAUUCUUCCUCCCAAAGGAUAUGCGAGCCAAGUUCGUGCGAAGCGAGUUUCGGGGGCUGCUGCCUGGGGAAUUCCCCGACAGUGAAAACAUCCAGGCCCUCCUGGCUGGCGCAUCCGCUAUUCCUACGGGUAUGAAUGAUCUGAACCAAGAAGACCCAAGCAAAUAUGUCGACAUUUCUCAGUGCUCGUUCCUCGUCGAUUCCUCCUUUCCUGGAAGUCCUGCAAGUGAACUGGAGCCUGAUUACAUUCAUGACGAGGGCAACUGGGAGAAGAUAUCAUGCGAGAAUUUCCUGGAUGCCUCCCGAACCAAGACCCUGGGCCGAAUUGCCUGGAUUCCUGAGUUACCAUUGAUUCCGACGCACUACCGCCGUCAAUGGGGACAGUACUGCCUCCUUCGGCGACGAGGCAACGACACAAACAGCGCCGUAGAGUGA